CAGCUAGCGCUACCCAGCGCUACCUAGGUACCGUAGUACCUGGGUCCUACGCUGCCCUACGCACCAGCGCCGCCAGCGCUGUCUGUCUUGUACAGCAAAUCUGGUUGGAACGCUGCAUUGGUGUUCUGGGUGUUGAGCAGUCGUAAGGGUCGCAGUUGUCGGGGUUUUGUUAGCACCAUAAACGCCGCCCUGUGGCCUGUUAAGAGGCCCCGGUAGGAGGGUUGACCACUGGACCUACCGGAGGUUCUGGGUAUGGUGGCGGGAUACUGGUCAAGCUGUCUCUGAUCAGCGUCGCUUUCCUUUUCUAGCUGAUGAUUGGUGCAACCAAGUAGAACUCACGGAAAAGGUUCUAUGCAAUGCAGCUGGCUGUGCUGGCGAGAGCUUCGCAUUGCAUUCAGCUGUCUCUGGAGCGGGUUGAAUAGACUGGCAGCAAAGUUUGAAUCAGCUUUGUCAUUGCAGCAUAGCAGAAUCAUCUGCUGAUCUUUGAUCACCUCCAGAGCCUGCAUGCCUGCAGACAGCAUCAAGUGGAGCAGUCUUUGAUAGACUGUGUAGCUAUUUGCGACCAAUCUUGAAUCGAUGCUACUUGUUGAUACUUGAAAGGCCAACUCUUUUGCAUCAACUGCGGCCUGUAGACGUUGCACUUGCAAGGCAGCAGCUUUCACCCCUGAGAAUCAGAGUUUGGGGAGCAUGGACCACACAAAUUCCUCCAACCAUCGGCCCCGACCAACUGGAAACAAAUGGGGAGCAGGAAGGCCGCCGCCACCACCCCUCUCUAUGCAGGAGGGCCUUCCCCCAGCAGCCUCGUCUGGCUACGGGCGGCAUCUCAUGUUGGAGGAUCGCCCCAAGUCAACUGCCAUGUUGAGCCUGGGCAUCCGCUCUCUCCAAGCCCUCUGCUCUCUGGUGUCCUUCUCCCUCAUGGCGUCCUCAAACCAGAGCUACUCAUAUCACACCGGCUUUACCAAGAUAUCAGUCAACCUGCAUUACUCAGACUUCCCACCAUUCAGCUUUCUGGUUGCGGCUAUGGUGUUGACCUUCGUCUGGAGCUUGGGGAUCCUGCUUCGGGACCUGUUUGAGUUGUGCGGGUGGGGUCGCCUCCAAUUGGCAAGAUGGCGCAUCUGGGCUUGCUUCCUCACAGACACGUUGCUGGUCCUGUUGAGCUUUGGGGCUGGAUGCGCUGCAGCGGGGGUUACGACAAUAAACGGGCUGCUAUGCGAUUCGCAAAUACAGGGCCAAAUGUGCGGACUGGCGAAAGCAGCAGCUGGUUUUGCAUUUUGUGCGUGGGCGUCACUGCUGCCAACAUUUGGCUUUGCGCUGAUCUGUGUCUUCCGAGAGUAUAAUUAGACCACAUUGAAAGGGCACCCGCGGAUCAUACUGGACCUAGUAUUACUUUAGACUGACCUUGUCGAUUCUUGAAACGGAUCCAAAGCAUAGCGGCCGGGCUGAUCUGCAGGGCAAACGAACAGAGUCAAAUGAUCCUGAUUUCCAUGUAGCCGAAGUUCUUCAGCUUGACGGCUUAGAUAUCUUCAAGCUUUCUCCCUAGUCUCUUCCCAUGCCAUCUUUGAACCUACAGCCAUCUGCUCAUACAAGGUACUUAUGAGAUUCUGAAACAAGAUCCUUAAAGCCAUCACUCAGUUCGCAUGGGCAGAUUCAAGAAUUUGAUAUCCUUUGUCCUGGCCCGCCGCUAGCAAAGCAGGUUUGCAAAAGCUUCAAUUCAAGAAUCUCACAUUGAAAUGGUUGGCCAAAUUUCAUACUUCAAAGUAGCACUGGCGAUGCAGCUACAUAGUCGUAUCAAGGCGUUUUGAGCCGGAACACAUUAAGCGCAGUCAUCCAGGGAUGCAACUCGUUUGGGUUGUUUGGCGAGCCUCAAACACUAGUCAAGAUGCAUAACAUCAAUGCAUUCGUAGUCUUGCUCGAACAAUUGUAGUC